AUGUGUACACGCGAUGUUUACAAUCACAAGUACAAAAGCAGGCGAACACGACGACGCGCUGUCAAGUCUCUAUUUUGACAGAUGACACGGGACACCUGCUCGGAUACCAUCGAGUGCGGAUACUUGUAUAAUCGUGAACUGUGCUACAAUUACAAUUUUAAUUAAUCCGUGAUGCGAAUAAGUGCUGCUACGGAAUUGACUCUCCGCGAUGUGCCGUCAUCGUCAACAUCGUCGUUGUCGUCGCCGUCGUCACCCGGAAGAAUUUGCGGGCAAUUUGGAAUUGCUCGGGAGUGCGACGAUUAUGCGUGUUCCUCGUGCUUCCCCGACGACUCGUUAUAGUUCCUCGCGAGAGAGAGAGAAGAGGAGAAAAAAGACUUGCACUCGUUUUUUGUUUGAUAAAUAAAGUGUUGGUACACGAUGGGUAAAGCCAGGGGAGUUCACGAGACUACUCCUGAGCUACGCAAUCGCAUGGUUGGCAUGUACGAAGCAGGCCUCAAGCUCAAGGAGAUUGCCGCUGCCAUCAAUUGUUCGCAAAGAACAGUGAAACGCUGGCUCAAUAGAUUCAACAAAGAAGGAAAUGUAGAAACUAAGGAUAGAUGUGGUCGUAAGCGAGCAACUACCAAAGAACAAGAUGAAGCCAUCGUUCAGUUGGCUAUGCAAACUCCUUUGACGGCUGCCAAAGCUGUCCUGCCAGCUCUAGGAUUGAACUGCUCUGUGGAUACUGUACGAGAAAGAUUACAUAGGGCUGGCAUACACAAUUGGAAUCCACCUAAAAAGCAUAUAGAAAAGAUACCAUUGAAUACUUCUGAAGGAAAAGAACUGCAACAAGCUGUGUGGAGACCGACUGGCACUAAAGUUGGUAAAAAAAAGGUAGAUAAAUUGAAUAAAGAAAAAUCAAAUGUCUCUGAAGCAACAGAAAAGUCAAAAUCAACCAAAAAUAGCAAGUCAAAAGAAUCAUUUGAAGAAAACAGCUUAUCAAGUGAGAUAAUUGAGCCUACCGAUGUACACACAAACUUUUUGUUUGGUAACAAAAUCAAUGAUUUGCAAAAUGAACCAGCAAUUCAACCCCAUGGAAUUGACAUGCCACCAUCGUCAACUUCUCCUUUACCAUUAUCUACAAAUUUAACUCAGUUCAGUCACUCUCUUAGUCUAUUGCCGCAGAAUCAUCAACCAGUUUAUCAUCAUCAUCCAGGCCUCACCCAUCACUGGCCUAUCGAUAGCAGUGCUCAUAAUUAUACACAUAGCGCUUUUAGUUCUAUUCAUCAAGAACCACUGCUUCCGCUCAUCACAACUAAUGCACAGAUUCAUAAUCAACCAGACAAGCCAAUGACAUCACUUAUGCAUGAUCCACUGCAAAUACCUAUCCACAGCGACAUUGUUCAACAGAAGAGUGACUUUCAUCCGGAUCUGCCUGAUCUAUCUCUAGAUGAACAUCAACAGGAAUCUCAAGAUAUUAUAAUAAAUGUGUGCUCUGAUGUUUGCUCGGAAGCAGAUAGCAGUUCCAAUGAAAACACUCAAAUUUCAAGCAUAGGCAAUGAACUGAACAACGAUAUAAUUUGUGAUACUAGUGAUAAUAAUCAAAACACAGAAAAUGUUACAAAAAAGAAAAGCGGUAAAGCUAAAGGAACCUUGGAAACUAGUCUUGAAAUUCGCAAUCGCAUGAUCGGAAUGGCUGAAGCUGGCUUAUCGACUUUAUCCAUUGCCUUGGCUAUCAAUCGAUCGGAACGAACGGUAAAGAGGUGGCUCGAUCGUUGGCGCAAAGAGGGCAACGUGCAAACGAAGGAAAGAAAAGGGCGCAAACGCAUAACGACCAAGGAAGAGGAUGAAGCCAUCAUCGCGAUGGCAACGAAGCAACCGCUCACGGCGGCAAAAAAUGUUGCACCGGCCUUGGGGCUAAAAUGUAGCGUCGAUACGGUACGAGAGCGACUACACAAGGCUGGCAUUCACAGUUGGAAACUCGAGAAAAAACAAGGAGAGGGUAAUUCAUCGCACGUAGUGCAUCUCUGGCAAGCCAGUGGCAAUAGAGCUGGAAAAAUUAAAAGUAAAUUGGAUAAAAAGAAGAAAUCGACGAGAAAAAAGAAAAAUUCCAACAAUAAUAAUGAUAACUCGAAACAAAAAGUCGUGGAAAAAGUUUCGGAAGUACCUUCUUCACCUCACCGAUCUCCACCUGUACAGGAAAUGAAUCUGCCCACCGACAACGUCAAUACGUCCUAUCAAACUCAACCUCACGUUACUACGCCUGUGCACAAUUUAUCCAGCCUGAACCUGAAUUGCGACCUGGUGCAACCACCGCUUCCUCCAGCAGCACCACCACCACCGCCGACUUAUCAUCAUCAUCACAUUCACCAUCACCACCAGCAUCAUCAUCAUCAUCAAACGCCGAGCUCGCUGUUCCCGCAGGGGCCGAUAGCGCCGCCGAUCGGCAGCCUUCAUCAUCAUCAUCAUCAACCCGUUGCCGCAGCCGCCGGCAUGGGAUCUCUGAUGCAGCCCCGAGCCGACUGCCGAUUCGCCUUUCCGCCGAUCAUUCCGCACCACCACCACCAUCAGCCGACGACGACGACCACCUACCCGUCUUGCAUGAUGUCUGCGGCAGCGAACGGCGUCGGUGGCAGUGGUAUCGUCCCGCACACCACCGCCGCCGUCGAGCAAAGCGACGUUAUGAAUUACGAGCCUUACGUCUGGAGUUUUUAAAAAGAGAGAAAGACACGAUAGUGACGCGUGUGUUACCGAUAACGUUACAAGUUCCAGUGAGUUAUGUGAUAAUCUAAGAUUAGGCACUCGAUAUUUAUUGUAAAUAAUUAUACUAUAUUAAGUUAUAAGAAACAAUGAGUCAAUUUCACGAUCUUUAAAUGUCUUCGUCAAAUAUAAAUAUUGUAAAUAUAUUUUGUGUACCGCCGAGUAUACCAAAUGGGAAAUACAGAUAUUUUAAUUGAA